AUGUCAUCACUGGCUGAGCGGAUACAGCGAAGAAUGGAUGAGCAGCAGCAACAUGCGAAUUCAUCUCAAGGUCAAAUGAUGGCAGGUUCCAGAGAUAUUAGUUUUUUAAGCGGGGGAUCUGAGCUUCAAUCCGUUCAUGGUGAACCAGUCGGGGAGUAUCCUAGUCUGGAAGAUAUUUAUGAUGAUGACGAUGAUGGUACAGUAAAUGCCUGGCAAGUGGCAGUUCUUUUGAUCCCUGUGUUGUCCAAGGCACUUGGUAGACUGACAGAGACAUUGAAAGAGAUUGAGAAUGAUUGGGCUUGGAUAGAAGAAACUCUUUUGCCUGAAAUGAAACAGCUUGAAGAUAAAGGGGACAAGGCAGCCUAUGCUCUAACUAAAUUUACAUCCAUUGUACAGAGUCAAGAUGCAGAUACGGAUGAAAAAUCAUCAGACGCAAAGUUUCGAGCAGCUGCGAGAUCAUGGAGACAAUUGUUUCGGAUGGAAGAGUCUGAGCGACUUGUUAAGACCAAGGUGGUUAUCGAGCUUAAAGACAUUCAAGAGCUGUCAAAGGAAAAGUCCAAACGAGGAAUGAUUUCUGACUCAAUUAGGAUUGUCACCCGUAACAAAACAGAGCACUUUUUUUCAAAUCUUUUUUUUCGCGACGAAACUUUUGAAUUGCUUGAAUAUCUCACGAAUCUGGCUUUGCAGAGAUUGCUUAAAGCCAUCAGCACAGAACCUGCUCCCGGUCUUUCUUUGAAAAAUACAGAGCAUACACAGGAUAUUAUUACUUCUCCCGCAACAAUACUGGGUCUUGUACAAAAAGGCAAUCUCUCAAUACCAUUAAAGCUGGCAUUUGAGCUUCAAAAAAAAAACGCCAAAUUUCAAUGGCUGUUUAAUUUACCAAGCACAGAGACUAUAUUUGAAGACAUUGACGUAGCAUGCUCGAUAUCUGGGACAGAUAUCAAUUUCAAUGGCAGACUUUAUCUUUCUGACACAUUCUUGUGUUUCUUGUCUACCGCCAAAUAUCAAUGCCAGCUGGCAUUGCCUUUUUUUUCAAUCAUGCGCGUUGAGCGAAUCAAUGCUUUGGCGUCCGCCACCAUCGCGAUUACAGUUCGGCAUCAAUUAAAGUUGCUAUUUCAGCUUGUAGGAGGACAACCGUUGGCUGAUAAAUUUUGUGCUACUCUCAAAGAUCGCUUAGAGUCACACGUCGAAGAAAUGAAGCGCCUAAAGCCAUUUUUGACUACAUGCCCAUCUGAAGAUUUGAUUGCAGGAAAGGAUACUAAUGUUGGCGGACUUGGUGUCAAGUACGGCUAUGUUGAUUCCAAAAAGGCGGUAGAAAAGAGCAAACUGAGAUAUUGGAUUUCAUAUUUUAAAGAUUUUGGACGAAAUUUGACUCUUGUUCGUCUUCCAACAUUUAUCAAAUUGGUUCGCAUUGGUCUCCCAAAUACUCUUCGAGGAGAACUUUGGGAGCUGUGCAGCGGUGCAAUGUACAAACGAUUUAUAAACGACGGCUACUAUGAGAAACUACAUAUUGAACAUGGUGGUCAGGUUUCACUUUCUACUGAGGAGAUUGAAAAAGAUCUAAACAGGAGUCUUCCAGAAUAUAGUGGAUACCAAACACCAGAGGGAAUUGAUCGUCUUCGUCGGGUUCUCUAUGCAUUUUCUUACCACGAGCCCGAGAUUGGUUACUGUCAGGCCAUGAAUAUUGUUGUAAGCGUACUAUUGAUUUAUUUGACAGAGGAGCAAGCCUUUUGGAUUCUGACAGUUCUAUGUGAAAGAAUGCUUCCCGGAUACUACACUGUCAAUAUGGUUGGAGCAGUAAUUGACAACCAUGUGUUUGAGACUCUGGUGCAUCGCUUCAUGCCUGUUUUAGGUGAUCAUAUCAAAAAAUAUGAGAUUCAACUUUCUGUUGCCUGUUUACCGUGGUUUUUGAGUCUGUUUAUCAAUUCCUUACCGUUGCCAUAUUCUUUACGAAUUAUGGACUGUUUCUUCAUGGAGGGGGCCAAGGUGCUUUUUCAAGUUGGGUCAGUUCUGGCUAUUUUGAAAAUCAACGGAGACGCCAUUUUAAACAUUAAAGAUGAUGGUGAACUUAUGAAUGUUCUUAAAGAAUAUUUCAGUAAUCUUGACGAUAUUCUUCAAAUGGAGGGACAAAAUGUGCGACCAACCACAAAGUUCAAUCAAUUGAUGCUCACUGCAUAUCGUGAGUUUCAAAAUGUGACGAACGAUAUGGUGGUAGAUUUGCGCAAAACACAUCAGCUUAAAGUUAUUCAAAAUAUGGACAUGUAUGCAAAACGAAGUGUUGUACGUAAUCUUACAUCCACUUCCAAGUUUUCCAAAGACGAACUUCUUUUUCUAUGCGACCAAUUUUACACUGCCCAAUUUUAUGAAGCCAGAUCUGCUAAGCUGCAUCCAGAUCGACUGGACUUUCCUCAGUUUAAACGUCUUAUUUCCAAGAUUGCUAUGUGGGCCAACACAGAUUCUGACCAGGAUGAUCAGUUGGCACGUAAUGGAAAUGAUUCUUCCAAGAAAUCUGUUGUGGGCUCUGAUUUCAUCGAGCGUCUGUUUGCUAAAGUCUUUGAUACCAAUGCAGAUGGCUUGGUUGAUUUGCAGGAUAUUGUGAGUGGUUUGGCAAAGCUAAUUCAUAGUAGUCCCGGCACGUGGCUCGAGAUUAUUUUUGAUACGCAUGAUGGAGACAGCGAUGGUCUGCUUACACGUGAGGAGACUAUCCAUGUAUCAGAGACGUUACUUUUUCUUACCAGACAAUUGAGCGGCGAUGAGCAUCUUGGCUCUGUUUCAUCGUUUCUUAAUCGAUCGUUUGCUGCUGGCGAAGCUGAGAAUACUUCUGGCACAGAUCUGAAUACAGUCAUUGAUGUUUCCAAAAAACAACCCGUUUCAGAAACAUUCAGUCUUAAAAAAAGUACAUUGGCUGCAGUGGUUUCUGAAGACAAGUUUCUAAAGUUUCUCAUUGAUGAAACACUAUCUACCCAAUUUAUGCUUUAUAAUACAAGCACGGGUGUAAAACAAAAAGUCUUGGCACCCCCGCCUAUGCAAGAAAUCAGCGAGUCGCUGUGGUCAGGCGGAUUCAAGUGGGCAUCAGGCAAAAUGGCAGGUAAAAAGGAGCCUGUAGGUGUAGUGGAGACGGAAGUACCUGCAGCGAUCGAUGCCAUGUCCGAGUUGGCACUACCUGCUGACGACAAGACUGAUGGCCAAAUAAAGCUUGACACGAUCAAACUCGCUGAUGCUUUUGACGAGGAUGCGGAUUAUGACUGUGCUUUACUUGAAGAGGUGGAUACGUUGCUGAGAGAAGAGCUGUUUAAUCCAAAUCCGACAGAAUUGGCUACUUGAUUUGCUAUUUGAACUAAGCUAUAUUACAGCCGUAUUCACGUAAAACGGAGUACUAAAUAAAGUGCC